CAUCAUCAUUGAACUCUCAUCACAUCCCACUCAAUCUACACAUCGUGCAUCAUGGCUGCCAGUGUCCAUCAUUCAGCCAACAUGGCUCGACCGGCCAUCAACGAGCACAUCCCAGAUAUAUUCACCAUCAUUUGUUGCAACGACGGCUUCCAACUCGCCCUCGACCUCAGCACCAUCAAGACUCUCCUCCGAGUGUGCAAGCGGGCCCGGCCUCUCCUGAGCUCCAAGGUGCCUCACUUCCACCGUUGGUGUCAGAAGGCAGGACUGUGUCGUCCGGAUGGACAGAUGCGGAUCGGUCUCACACCCAGCGACAAAAUCGCCCUCUCGCUGUACUGCGAUGAUCAAGCCACAACUGACCGAUCCUGGCUCGAAGAUCAAGCCGAUAAGGGCAAUGCUGCUGCCUCGUAUCUCCUGGCUCGGAUGUUGCAAUCUGGUAUCGACUCGGAAGCAAAAGAUGACAGUCAGACUGGCGAUGACGAUGUCGAUGACGGUGAGACUGACGAUGACGAUGAGCCUAUAAAGAAUGCCAAGAACCAGCAGAUAUUCCAACAUCUGAUGAAGGCUGCUGAAGGCCAACAUCCAAUGGCGCAGUCCCACCUCGCCCAGUGUUAUCGCAACGGAACUGGAGUCGAACAAGAUCACACCAAGGCCACCGGGCUGUAUCGCAAUCUUGCCGAACGUGGGAUCCUGCAAGCCCAAAUUGUCUUUGGCGGUUGCUACGAGGUUGGCGAAGGUGUUGAUCAAGACUACGAUGCAGCCAUCGAGUGGUAUUCCAAGGCCGCGGAUCAAGGCAGCGAAGAUGGUCGGUUCCACAUCGUGUUCCUCCGUGGAUGGCGCUCGUUCAUCGGCCAUGGUGUCGAACAGAGCGACGCCGACGCCUUAAACCACUGGCAUGAAGUCAGCACCCAGUCCACCAACCCACGGGACUGGCUGUGCAAACACCUGAUGGCCAUUUGCCUCAUAAAUGGAUUCGGUACCCCGACGAACCAGACCAAGGCAGCGGACAUUUUUGAGCAGCUCGCCAACGACGGCCACAGUGACAGUCAGCUGUGGAUUGGAAUGUGUUUCUAUCGUGAAUGGGGAGUAUCGGAAGACCACAGGAAGGCAUUCGAGUGGUUCACCAAGUCGGCCAACCAAGACAACCCAUAUGGGCAGUGGUGGGUAGGUGUGUGCUACUUGAAUGGAUAUGGAGUCACCAAGGACCACGCCAAGGCAGCCAAGUGGUCUCGCAUCUCGGCCGAACAAGGCAAUCGGUACGGACAAGAUUAUCUCGGCAACUGCUACGAGUUUGGUUUGGGUGUCCCCGAGGACAUCGACACCGCCGUCUUCUGGUAUCGCAAGUCCGCCGACCAGGGCCACAGAGAUGCCAUCGACAGACUC